ACAUUUUGGGAAGGAUCAACAAAAAUAUGAAAUUUCAAAAUCCGCGAUUGGGGCCAUACUUUCCUCCACCAACUAAAGCUUUCAAUUUUUCUCUUCUCUUCCUAUUUUUAAACUUUCUAUUUAUUGUAUACAAAAUGGCUGCUGAACAGAACGUUAUCCUUGUUACCGGUGGUAGUGGUUUAGUUGGCCACGCCCUUCAAUAUAUUAUUGAAAAUGAAAAGGAUCCCCGUUUUGGUAAGAAGGAUAACGAAAAGUGGGUUUUCUUGACAGGUCGUGAUGGCGAUUUAAGAAACGAAGCAGAUACCAAAGCCAUCUUCGAAAAAUAUAAGCCUACCCACGUCAUUCACUUGGCCGCUAUGGUUGGUGGUUUAUUCAAGAACAUGAAAUAUAAGCUCGAUUUCUUGCGUGACAACAUGCUCAUCAAUGAUAAUGUUUUAUGGCAAUCUAAGGAGUUCAACGUCAAGAAGGUCGUUUCAUGUCUUUCUACCUGUGUUUUCCCCGACAAGACUUCUUAUCCCAUUGAUGAAACUAUGGUUCAUAAUGGUCCUCCUCAUCACUCUAACUUCGGUUACGCUCAUGGUAAGCGUAUGAUUGACGUCUAUAACCACGCUUACAAUGAACAAUUCGGCUGUAACUUCACCGCCGUCAUUCCUACAAACAUUUUCGGUCCCAAUGAUAACUAUGAAUUAGAAGGGUCUCACGUCUUACCCGGUCUGACUCAUAAGUGUUAUCUCGCCAAAAAGAACAACACUCCUUUCGUUGUUAUGGGCACCGGUAAGCCUCUUCGUCAAUUCAUCUACUCUCGUGAUUUAGCGAAACUCUUCGUCUGGGUUUUAAGAGAAUAUGAAGAAAUUGACCCCAUCAUUUUGUCCGUUGGCGAAGAAGAUGAAGUUUCCAUCAAGGAUGUUGCGGAUAAUAUUGUCAAGGCUCUCGAUUUCAAGGGAGAAUAUACCUUCGAUUCUACCAAGGCUGAUGGGCAAUAUAAGAAGACUGCUAGCAACGCUAAGUUGAUGAAAUACCUCCCUGAUUUCAAAUUCACUCCAUUCGAUGUUGCCAUCAAGGAAUCCGUCGAUUGGUUUGUUGAAAACUAUGAUACUUGUCGUAAAUAGAUUCACCAAUCCCAUUCACUUUAAAUAAUCUUCUUUAUAGUAAAUUAUUAAUCUAACAGAUCUAUAAAAGUUACCAUUAUUUGUAUUAUGAUCUGAUUGUAACUAUAUAGUAAAUACUAGCAAAGGUUUUGUUAUUAAUUUUUUCCUUAGCAUGAAAAGGGGCUAACAAUUGAGGUUCCUUCACUUAAUUGUUUGAUUUUCACAAAACUCCAUGAAUGAUCUAUAAGCAUUUGAUUCUCAAGUAUCUGUAUAUUAUUUCACAAACAUUAGAAGCAAACAAGAGAUAAAGAUUG